GGAUACUAACCUGAAGCACGUUGGUUCCUUUCCGGAAAGAUCCGAUUCCUUCGAUCUGGAUCCAAAUUCGUCUAUCUGGUUUGAAGGAGUUUCGAUCUACGUCAUAAGUCUUUGACUAGAUACCACGAAUCAAGGGCUGGCUGGUUCUGGCGGCAACGUGGGCAAUGCCCAUGUCUAAUUUAAACGAGCUAUCAAAUGAUGACAAGCAAGGAUGGCUUUGUUAUGUUCCAGGACGUCAAUGAAGGUCAUUUUGUCUCUCACAGAUGCCUUCAUGGGCAAGAGUCGAACACCAAGAACUACAUAUUGCGGCCCUCCCGUAUGCGCCAAGCUGUCUUAGUCAAGCAUAUCUCCAACUCCUACGUAACCUGUUGAACUCGAAUACAACUGACUACCAAACAUUGUCAGGAACAGUUACGUCCAAGUGAUGAUCCUGAGGUCGACGAGUACUAACUACUGCGAUGACUGGAACUUCAAAAUAGGAUUCACGAAAAAUCAGCCAACCAUGGAUGCCAGGAAGGUGAAGGGAAGGCCCGACAUUGUUGAGAAGUUAUCAAGUUCAGACAUUCAAAAAUUGACGAGCGUGCUUAAUCGACGACCCAAUUAUGGUAUCGCUCACCCAUCGGCAAAAUGGUUUGAGCGGCAGGAGAAGAAGAUUCGGGAGUGUCUGCCCCAGGCUGUCUUGGCGCCGGAUAUGAAGGAGCGUCUAUCGAUGCGCAUUGACAAGUAUGUCAGAGGGAUACCGAAACCACCAGCUGCGGUAUUGUGUCAGAGCCACAAGACGCUUAGCCCCUUCCUGAUACGCAGGAUACUCGCCCUGGUUGUCGCCGAGGUGACGCUACGCACUGAUGAUUUGCGUUCCUGGCCCAGGAAAAGCCCUUCGCUUGCGGCCUUCAUCACGAGGCUUGAUUCCGUCAAUGCCUACUGGAUGCCACCGGACGCCUUUUCAGGUGUGUUUGGGGCCAAUCCACGCGAUGACCGUCUCGUGCGAGUGGAAAACGGUUGCGAGGCCUGCAUUCUUGCGGUGGUAGGAGGCAAUGGACGGACUCUGGCCGACCUACGUGCUUGUCUCGCGGGCCGGAAGGUGUGCAAUUACUGGACUAGCUUUCUUGAGCACCCAAUGCAGGACAGUCACAGACCCAAGAGACGGCCCUCGCCAAGGUUGUUGCGUGUCGUGGAGGGAUGGAUUGAUUACUUGAAGCCAGGAGAUGCUGCUGAGGUCCGCUCAUGGAGUGAAGAUCUCAUUCGCGAGUUGAUGGGCCCCUUCAAAAGCCACAAGCUGUCGUGUGAUCAGGAAAAGGACGGAAAGGGAAACGCCAGGUCGAGGAGAUUGAAAGGUUCCAGUGGUCGUAGAAGCCACAAUGCCGACGAUAUUCCCUACAUGAGCCAGUCUGUGAAUAACACCGUUACACAGCGAGCUAUGGCCUCACUGCUCGAAGAUGCCGACACGAGUAGCAUCUAUCCAGUCGAAACCGUCAUUGCCGACACCGAGGAAUACGAAGACCAAGUACCGCCUGUGUUACCUGUGCCGAGCCCAAUGCGCCCAUCGCGUUACGAUAGCCCUGAUUUAUCGGGAGGACAACCGAGCUUGUCUGCCGAUCAAAAGCCUUGUGAAGGAUUGGCCGACCAGUUUGAGUACGACAUAUCUUUUCACAAUAAAGAGGACCAUAAUCCCUACUUCAGGAACUACGCUGGAGACCAGUGGUUGGAGGAGCAGUUUCCCGAAGAAGAACAACACCGACAGGAUAUCAGCGACUGGGGUGGCCAGGUUGCGCUGGCUCAGUCGCGAGUUAAUAUGUCCCAGGGGCAACGGGGCGGCAUCCACCCUGCGUUCUACCCCAAUGUGCCAACUCUGUACCAGGUCCCGUCCGCCGCCGUCCAGCCCUUGCAUCUCAAGCAGGAAGAACAGGACAUGGGCGCGAGGGCGGCAUGGCCUAAGUCGGAUCGUGCUGUCCAGCAAGUUAUGGAGCAAUUCGAGGAGGACCAUGUAGACACUACUUGGCACACCAACUUCAAGUGGGCCGUUGGCAACAUUUAUACGGCUGGUACUAUCCCCGCAGCUGGUUCGAGUACCAAAACACCACCCAUGCCACAGGUCCCAGCCAAAUACCGCCAGAAGCAGCCCAAGCGGGCCGCAGAUGAAAGUGAUUGCUCCGACCCUGAAUACUGGGACGAUGGCGAGGAUGGCGAGACCAUACCCACUGGCAUCACUGUACCGAGCUAUCCUCCUCCCCCUCCCGAACCCCAAAUAUCUCCCAUCGGCAACCCGGAUCAGUCUACCAUCUCAUCCCCUACAUACAACAACCUCUUCGCGCAAACCGCGCGCGAACCUCAGCCACAGCAAUUCCUCGGGCCUCCGCAUACCAUCAACAAGACCCCUCCGUCCCUAAGGAGCCAACCGGGAAACUUGAAUCGUACAUAUCUAUUCGAAGAUUCGGACCUGGAGACCAAACUAACAAUCAAUAACAAGAAAUAUCUGAGGUCACAUAAGCACGGCAUCAAGAAAGAGGUUACGCCCGAUAACCCGUUUGUUAAAAACGCAGUGAACCGCAACGCGAACAAACGGAGCGCCGCUCGCCCUGUCCCAGGCCCCAAUUUUAGCGCCGAAGAGUAUGACAACGGACCUACCACAUCGCAAGCCGGUGGGCCGAGGAUGGGGAUGCCGCUUAGUCGGGAGACUCUCGAAGCGCAGGAGCAGGAGUGGAGGGAGUCUCUCGGCAUCCGGGAGGAUGACGGCGAGUCUGCUUUAGGUCCUGAUGACUCUGCAUCUAAUAUUUUGUGGAAUAGCAGGGCUAAGCGUGUGAAUGAUAAGCGCGAGAGUCAGACUGUUACGCGGCUAGGCGACACUAUGCGGCAUUAUUCAAGGAAGAGGUAAGGAGCGGUCGAGCCGAGAAGAACUAAUAUGUUUGCUUCGUCAAAAUGUAUGAGUAGUGUUGUCGAGGUAUACAUACAAAUUAGUUUUCAUUUGUCCAUGUAAACCGAAGUUUUUGUCAUGCGUUUUUUUUUCAUCGUUCCCUCCUGUUGUAGUAAUGGGCUGUAUGUAGCAUGUAUGCAAUUCAGCAUCUUAAUGAAGUUGUGGCUCGC